CUGUCUAAUUUUGUCGUCUGGAAUUUUCGUCUUUUUUGUCGGGUUUCUGGAGUAUCUCCUCUUGUCUGCGUUCAGCUGUCAAGAACUACGCCAGUUUUAUGGUUCUUCUCAACGUUCAAUGAUUUUUAAAUGUAGUAACAGCGCCGUUUGAUUAUAUUGGCUAAUCAAAGUACCGACGGUAUUUGAAGAGUGGGGAGCUGGUUUUCCCCUUCGGUUUAUCUGUGAUCGUCUCAAGAGUCGAUAAAUUCCGUACAAGUUGAGUGGCCACAUCUUCCGAUCCAAUGGAAACAGACGAUGUUGAGUUUCAACCUGUUGGGCAAACGGAAGAGGGCUAUUAUCUUGACGGGAGUCCGGCGUCCGUUCCCAGUGCGCUAGAACGACCAAGUAUUGGUCAGAGUGUUGCUCAAGCGGCUAGUUUAUUGAAUCCGUUCAACUGGUUUAAGAAGGAGCCCUCGCGAAGACCCCCGCCAUAUUCGCGACCACCUCCGCGCCGAGCACCGCCACCCAAUCGCCCUGCCAUCCUCAUCCCCCGCCAUGCGCCUGCUGAGCCCCCCGAACAGCCCAAUAAACGGCGGAAGGUCUAUGAAAUCGAGUUUGGCAAGAUCAUUAAGCGGGAGGAGUACGGCGAAAAUCCGCCGACGAAUGGCGCGAUGCCACCCAAUGUGGACCUCAUGGUGGAUGAGCGACCCCCCAAGAGUCCCACUUCGAGUGUUGGUAGUUAUUUAACAGAGGACGAAGAUUCGGACCUAGAAGUGUUGUCUUCAUCUUCGUCGUCGAUCGUGAAUCGUCGGAAGAAAUUGUCUGAAGGAUCAAGAACUUCAGGUUCUUCCCGUGAUAUAUUCGACUCGGACAGGAAACCCAGCUCAUCGGGGCUGCCUCGCUUUCCGCUGAGCGAACGACGAGAUCUCUCUAGUCCAUUAUCAUCUGCAUCAUCUCGCCAGACUACCGGAUUGCCGUCUGUUCUAACGCCUUCGCGAUCAUCCCAAGUUAGCACUAACGUUCAGCAUCAUCCUUUAAUGUCUGAGGUGCAAUCACCCGUGAGCAGUGCCACAUCUGCUACUCCGCCACAAGCCACACUCAACAAGAAGCGCAACUUUCAGGAAGUCGAUAAGGACGAGGCACUGCCGAGUUUCUUUUCCACUUUCCCACGGUCGGCGGACCGAAGAUCGUCGGGUGUGCUGCCCGUUUCGCGUUUCGGCUCGCGAGUAUCGGAAGUUCAGGCGGGCAGCAGUGGGAAUAGCGGUCCACUGGCGACGAAUUUGAGUAAACGCUACCUGGGCAACAGUGGCGUGAAAAUCCCGUUAAAUACACAGUCGGACUCGGCCCGCUCCAGUCCCGCGAGCUCCGAGCUGGAGAAAAUGUUUCCGCCGUUGAAACGCAUGCCCAUGCCUGGCCGAUCCUCCUCCCCGCUUCAGUCAGCAGAUAAAUCGGCGAACCGCAAUCGUUUGAAGUUGGAGAAUUUGGAUUACAAAUACGUUGUCCGUUCCCCUGUUGUCCUGCCCACAGAUGGACAGGAUUUUGUGUUUAAUGCGUCUAUCGUGGUGCCCAGCGGCGCUCUAGCUCAAACAAUUGACAUUAGUGGAUUUUCAACCGAACCCUCCCCCCGCCAUUCACCACCACCGAAAAUACAUCGUUGUCGUCUUUGUGGCAUUUCCGUGAAGAGUGGCGAACAAGAAUGUAGUGAAUGCACCGGAGCGCGCGCCACUCCACAAGAUACCGUGCGCAUUGAGCACAUGGAAAGUAAGAAAAAAGAGACGACUGUUGUUGAGACAGGAGGUUGGACGUGCAAAAACUGCGGUAAUCAUUACUCGGAACGUACUGAGCGCUGUGUGGAGUGCGGCGCGAAGAAACCAGCUGGUAAGGCCAUAGAAAAGCCUUCGAGCACGGUUAAACCUUCCACAUCAUCGGAAAGUGUAGAGUCCGUAAAAGUCCCUGCGUCUACUUCGAAGGAGACCGUUCCGCGGACAGGGCAGCCGGAGACUGCGUCUAGAGCUCCAUUGGAGGUAGAAAAAACAACGGAAUUCUCCAGUAAAGAUGCCAGCGCAACCACUACCGCUGCUCCCUCAACGUUCGUUGAUAUUUGGUCGAAAAAGAAAUCCGGAUGGGACUGUCAAGAAUGUUUCGUAAGCAAUAAGGACGGCCAGAAUGCGUGUGCGUCAUGUGGAACACCCCGACCUGGAGCCGCCUCCACUUCUUCCGCUGCUUCAUCAGCGGCUGCUGCUCCUGCGCCAAGUUUUUCAUUUGGAUCGGGUGCCAUGAAUUUUCAGUUCGGCGCUCCGUUAGCAAAGCCAACUGAGCCUUCUGCGCCGGCUUCUACGGCUGCCCCAGUGACAACUGGUGGAUUCUCCUUUGGAUCAAAGCCAUCGGCAUCCACAAACGAGCCGGCAGUGUCCACGGGGAUAUUUGGCGCUCCGAUUACGACAUCACUACCUUCGUUCAAUUUUGGCCAGCCGCCAGUGUCUGGUACGAGUACGGCACCCCCCAUUGCGGGUUUCGGGUUUGCUCCAGCUGCACCGAUAGCAAACGGAUUACCGGUGUCUGCGCCAAGUAAAGUGGACUUUACUCCGGUCAUUACCAGUACAAGUUCGACUUUUGAUGCUCCCAGGCCGUCAUCAACGGGCUCUGUUUUUGGUGGAUUCAGUCUUGGCACCGCAGCGGCGCCUAGCGAGCCUGCCAAGCCAGCAUUUCAGUUUGGAUUGAAUGCGCCGUCUCAAAGCUCUGGUUCUUCGCUUUUCGGCGGUCUGGCGAAUGGUCUGAGCACAUCGGCGUCCACUGCGCCCACAUCUGGACUGCCCACGUUUGGCGCCGAAGGACAGGUCAAAGCAGCGGUUACUGCCGCACCUGGUAAUCCUGCGCCGUUCAUGUUUGGCCAAAGCAAUCCUGCCGCUGCCUCGACUUUUCCGGGAUUUACUGCACAAAUCCCAUCCACUACCGGGUUUGGUGCUGCUCCCGGUGGAUUCUCUUCUUCAGUUGCGACUACAAGCGGCAAUUCGGGUGUCACUUUUGGAAGCAACUUGUUCGGUCAAAGUAAAUCGGAAGCGCCACCGUCGGGAUCACUGUUCAAUUUCGGACAGCCGUUACAGAACGGGCAAACGUCUACUUUACCAUCAAGCCAGUCGAUUGCCGGUGGAAUUUCUUCGCAGCCAAAUGCUCAAGUGCUGAGUAUAUUGGGAUCACAGCAGCCUGCCAUGCCUGGUCAGCCCGGAACAUUUGGAAGCAUGGGUGGACCUCCCAAUGCCCGGCGAAUUUUAAAAGCAAAACGGAAUAUCACACAAAGGUGAAUCCAUGGAGUCUGUAGACGGGGUGCGGCGAUUGCUUGCCGUGAUUGCUAAGUUGAUAAUUUAUGCAGUUUUCUUUCGGGUUACUUUCAUACCUUUUUGUUCAAAGGUGACAAUAUGUGGUACUAGAAAUUUUUGACGGCCAAUUAUUUUAAAUAUGGAUUGUUAAAGAAGAUGUUUUUAAUGACGAGGGAUAUUCAUACUGUGGCUUUGCUUUAUUGUCUUAACUUGAUGUCGUUUUCUUUUGGGAUGGAUGUUAUUUUUUCGGGUUUGGCAAUGAUGCCCAGUUGCCCAUCUAGUGCUGAAUUUUGCAAUGCGAUAAACAACAAAAACAUG